UUCAUAUGCACAAAAUCAGGUUCAGAAAUGAAGUCUCCUCACCUUUCAAUGUUGCCGCUUCUUUUUGCUGCUUUCUUCUCAUUGUCAGGGCCAACUUCGGCUCAAACUCAUGAGAAUUUUCUUCAUUGCCUUUCUCUUCGUUCCAAUGACUCUUCUUCCAUUUCUAAAGUAAUUUACACACAAAACAAUUCUUCAUAUACAUCUGUUUUGGAGUCUACUGCACUAAACCUUAGGUUCUCCACACCAGAUACCAACAAACCUUUGGUCAUUGUAACACCAUUGCAUAUUUCCCAUAUUCAAGCAACAAUUCAUUGCUCAAGGAAUCAUGGGCUCCAAAUUAGAACAAGAAGUGGAGGUCAUGAUUUUGAAGGUAUUUCUUAUGUUGCUGAAGUUUCAUUUAUUAUUGUCGACUUGGUUAAUUUUCGAUCAGUCGAUGUUGAUGUAAAAAAUGAAGUUGCAUGGGUUCAAUCUGGUGCGAUUCUUGGUGAACUUUAUUACACGAUUGCCGAAAAAAGUAAAACUCUUGCCUUUCCAGCUGGAACUUGUCACACUGUAGGUACCGGUGGAUAUUUUACCGGAGGAGGUUAUGGCUUAUUGUUUCGAAAGUAUGGUCUUGCUGUUGAUAACAUAAUUGAUGCUCAAUUCAUUGAUGUUAAUGGAAGAAUUCUUGACAGAAAAGCCAUGGGAGAAGAUUUGUUUUGGGCCAUUCGAGGAGGUGGAGGGGGUAGCUUUGGAAUUGUCCUUGCAUGGAAAUUAACGUUGGUUCAUGUUCCAGCGACUGUGACUGCGUUCUCCAUUAGCAAGACCUUAGAACAAAAUGCAAUCAAACUUCUUCACCGUUGGCAAUAUGUUGCACAUGAUCUUCCUAAUGAAAUGUACUCCUCGGCUACUUUAAGUAGGGUGAAUUCUAGUCAAGAUGGGAGGCAAACAACUCAAGUUUCCUUUAGUUCACUCUUUCUUGGUGGCAUUGAUGAGCUUGUUCCCUUAAUGCAAGAGAGAUUUCCUGAGCUCGGACUAACAACGGGAGAUUGCAUUGAGAUGAGUUGGAUUGAAUCCAUUCUUUACUUUGGCCAACUUCAAAAUGAAUCCUUGGAUAUUUUGCUGGAUAGGAGUUUCAAAACUCCUCUUGUCCUCCCAUCCUAUAAAGGUAAAUCUGACUAUGUGAAAGAACCUAUCCCUGAAAUUGCAUUGAAGGGUUUGUGGUCAAGACUUUCUGAGGCAGAAGCAGAAUCUGUUGUUGUUGGUUUUUUUGCUUAUGGAGGAAUAAUGGAUGAGAUUCCAGAGACUGCAACUCCAUUUCCACAUAGAGCUGGUAACUUGUACAAGAUCUUAUAUAACGUAGGUUGGCAAGAAGAAGACAACAUAAACUCUGAAAGGUACAUAAGGUUGGCUAGAGGACUUUAUAGUUAUAUGAGCUCUUUUGUUUCAAAAUCUCCUCGUGAAGCAUAUGUCAAUUAUAGAGAUCUUGACAUUGGAACCAACAAUAGAGGUAAUACAAGUUAUGCACAAGCAAGUAUUUGGGGUCGAAAAUAUUUCAAGAAUAACUUUGAUAGAUUGGUGCAUGUGAAGACAAUGAUUGAUCCAGAGAAUUUCUUCAGACAUGAACAAAGCAUCCCUCCUCUUUUUUCUUCGCAUAAGCCAAGAGCUCAUUAGUAUAAGCUUGGCAAUAACACUUUUAGAAAAAGACAAUAAAAUAUUUCAUUAAAAAUAAUUGUAUUGUAAAAUAAAGAAUUUCUGAGUUUCUUCAAUGGCAUUUCUGGCAUACGCCUAGCCUGAUUAAUUUAUAAUGUAUCAAUGAGUAGCUGAUCUUUGUAACAAGUUGGAGUAUGUUUUCUUUGUAAUAAAUUUGAGUAAAUUAUUCAUUUGAUCAUUUUA